AUGGUCUAUCCUAUCGUCGCCACUCGCGCGGUCCCUUCGACGAUCACGAGGGAGCAGCUUUGGAAAGGCUUGAAGGUGAAGGCGCGCGAACCGAGAGGCUUCACGCCGAUUACAGAGUGCGAGGUCCUUUCGGAGCACAAGACGGGCUUGUCAAGGAGGAUCGUAUUGGAGGGGCUGACCAUCCAUGAAGACGUGGAGUUUGUCGAGCCGUACUGGGCGACCUUCAAGAUGCGCGAGACAGGGACAGAAGUCCUGAACCUGAUCAGCGUAGACGAGAAGGGCCAGACUUUCCUGACCUUUACGUUCAAGGUCAUAUUCCCGGGUACCGAAGAGGGGUCCGAGGCAGAGAAGGAGAAAGGACGGGGCAUGGAGAAGAUGGCGACGUCGGCGGUUGAGAUGACCAUUGUCCAGGUGGAGAAGCUGGUGAAGGAGGGCAAGUUGUGA